AUGAGAAAAGCAGCCGGAAUCUUUCUCAUGGCCCUCGCCAUUGCCACCGCUACUGCUCUACUACCAACAGUGGUGCUGGCGACGCGUUCCUUCGGCCGCAGGAGCCGCUUCCUGGCGACCUUGGACAGCAGCUGCAGCAGUGAAGCACCGUGCCCCGACAUCGUCGAUCCUGUCACCGGCUUCCCCUUCUCAGGCGCGGAGUGCUGCGACGGCGUCUGCGUCGACACCUCGUUCAACGCUCACCAAUGCGGCGGGUGCGACCCCAGGUACUAUGGGUGCGGGAGCUGGCCCUGGAUCUGCUGCUACGGCUACUGCUUCAACUCCCAGAAGGACUCCGAGAACUGCGGCCGCUGCGGCAACAACUGCUGGGACGGCCGAUGCUUCAACGGCGUCUGCGGCUACGCGGUCUGA